UCUUAUCUACCAACAUACCAAGCUACUAUAGUAUAGGUCAACAAUAGCGAAAUUAAAUAUACAUAUCUUAGACGCCAAAACAAACCAACAACAAAAAUCCAAAAAAAAUAGAUUAAAGAUAUUGUUCUAUUCACCUAGUAAAGCUAAAUAGAUCGGUCUGUAACUGAAGAAGGCCAUAUCCUUUUAAUUUGUAGUCACAAGCUCACAAUUACCCCAAAUUAUGGAUCAAAAAGAGAUUCCAAAGAAUUUGAGAGACGACAACCUAAGCGAAGAAACAAAGACUCUCAUCUCUUCACUUCGUUCCGACAUAGAUACGCAAGGAAACAAGCUCUAUAACUACCAAGGAUGUUGGUACUACUCUGCUACUCUCCAAGGUGUCCUAAAUUUCCAGGGAAAUUUCAAGCCUCAAGACUCCGAUAUUGUCAUUGCUUCAUUCCCCAAAUCAGGCGCGACUUGGCUCAAGGCACUCACAGUUUCCCUCCUCGAGCGAUCCAAACACCGUUCUCCUGAUGAUCAUCCUCUGCUAUCCCAAAAUCCCCAUGCGCUAGUUCAGUCUCUCGAGGCUAAUCUCUAUCUUAGUAGCCAAACACCAGACUUGGUGACCAAGCUUUCAUCAUCACCGAGGCUUUUCUCUGCUCACAUGCCGUUGCUUACGCUGCAAGAAACACUUAAAGACUCUCCUUGCAAGAUCGUGUACUUGUGUAGAAAUGUGAAGGACGCGUUAGUGUCUCGUUGGUUUUUCAGGUGCAGCUACCUGAAAAAAGAAGUAGAGAGACACGUUCUUGAGGCUAUACACGUUCUUGAGGCUAUGUUUGAGUCGUUCUGCAGCGGAGUUAGCUUUUACGGUCCAUUCUGGGACCAAGUCUCGAGCUAUUGGAGCGGCAGCUUGGAAGAUCCCGAUCAUAUCCUUUUCUUGAGGUACGAGGAAAUGAAAGAAGACCCUUAUGCUCAGCUCAAAAGGCUUGCAGAGUUUUUGAGUUGUCCAAUAAGUGAGGAAGAAGAACAUAGUGGAAUAGUUGAAGAGAUCUUGGAAUUGUGCUCUCUGCGUAGUCUGAGCAGUUUGGAGAUUAACAAGACCGGGAAAACAUCAAACGGUGUGGAUUACAAGUUCUUUUUUCGGAAAGGGGAAGUGGGGGACUCAAAAAAUUAUCUAACUCCAGAAAUGGAGGACAAGAUUGACAAGAUCGUCCAAGAAAAACUAGAAGGCACUGGAUUGAAUUUCUAAGUGAUUGUGUUUGAUUUGUACUUUCUUUGAUAUAUAUUGUAAUUCACUGUUGUGAUGUUUAAAUUAUGAUGAAUUGUUGAUGCUUUGUGAUGUAUGACUGUAUGAUAAAUAAUAACUUUUAGCUUGCUACU